GGCGAAGAGAAUCCUAAAUUGCCUUCAAUCUUAGCAAACCUACUUGACAUUCAGAAUCCGAUUCCGUGAGAAACUUGCCAUAAUUCCAUAGAAACGUUAGAGGAUUCUCACGGUUCUGAAAGUACUCUCGUUCCUUCUCUUCCAAAGCCAUAUAGAAUCGUCAGUCGUCACACAGAAUGUCACCGGGCGGCGAUGUUAGUUCGUCAACUCCGGCAUCGUUCAGGCGCCGCUGGGACGUGAUCCUGAGCUUCAGAAGUUCGGAUAAUUGUGGUUGCUUCACCGAACCCCUGUACAACGCUCUCCAAUCUAGCCGCGUUCGGGUUUUUCUCGACGACGUUGGAUUGGAUCGCGGUGACCAGAUGGCCCCGAGUCCGCAAGGAGCUAUCGAUGACUCGGCCGCUUCGAUCAUCAUCGUCUCUCCUAACUACGCUUCUUCUCAUUGGAGUCUGGAGAAGCUCGCUAAGAUUUGCGACUGUGGGAGACUGAUUUUGCCGGUGUUCUUCAACGUCGAUCCGCGUGAUGUCCGAAAACAAGGGGGUCCAUUCAAAGAUUCUUUUGAUGAUCACAAAGCCAAGAGGGCCGAAGAAGAGGUACUAAGGUGGAGGGAAGCUAUGAAGAAAGUCGGUGGAACUGCUGGUUGCGUUUUUCCGAAUCCCAGAGAAAAGGAAGAUGACCAAAUUCGAGUUCUAGUGAAGAGGGUUUUGAGAGAACUGAGUAAUACUCCGGUGGGUGUCGCUGAAUUUACCGUUGGACUCGAUGCUCGUAUUGAGAAAUUGUCGGAAUUGUUGGACUUGAGAUCCAACGGCAUAAGAGUGUUGGGAUUGUAUGGGAUGGGUGGGGUUGGUAAGACAACCCUUGCGAAGGCCCUUUUUAACAGGCUCGUUGUGCAUUUUGAGCAUCGCAGCUUCAUUUCAAGUGUUAGAGAAGCUUCAUCGAAAGACGGAGGUUUAAUUGCUUUAAGAAACAACAUUAGCAGAGAUAUUUCCUCUGAAGUAGUUGUUGGUUAUGAUAUUCGUGCUUUCAAAAGAAUAGUUGAUCAAUAUCGAGUUCUGAUAUUCCUGGAUGAUGUGGAUGAUGUGAAGCAACUCGAUACUCUAAUAGGAAAAAGAGAAUGGUUCCAUGAGGGAAGCCGUAUGGUAAUCACCUCAAGGGAUGCACGUGCUUUGCCUGAGACUCAUGUUAAUGUCCUCUAUGAGGUUAAGGUAUUGGAUGACUCUUAUUCAUUUGAACUAUUCUGUUACCAUGCAAUGAGAAGAAAUGAACCUGCAGACAAAACUCUUUUGAAGUUGUCGAAGGAAAUAGUGUCUCUGACGGGAGGGUUGCCUUUGGCUCUGGAAGUGUUUGGUUCAAUGUUGUUUGGGAAGAGAAAGGAAGGGGAAUGGGUUGAUGUUGUGAAGAAGCUGAAGCUGACUCAACCUGGGAACGUACAUAAUGUGUUGAGGAUCAGUUAUGAGGGGUUAAAUGAACAAGAGAAAUGCAUCUUCCUUGACAUUGCUUGUCUGUUCGUUCAGAUGAGGAUGAAGCGAGAAGAUGUGAUUGAUGUACUGAGAGGUUGUAGAUUUAAUGGAGAGGAAGCAAUCAAAGUUCUUUCAAAAAAAUGUCUGAUCAAAAUCAGAGAGAACGAAACAAUUUGGAUGCAUGAUCAAAUUAGAGACAUGGGAAGGCAAAUUGUUGAACGGGAAAACCGUGUUGAUCCUGGAAUGCGUAGUAGAUUGUGGGAUCGAUCUGAAAUUCUAAAUGUCUUGAGGAAUUUGAAAGGAACAAUCAGUAUUCAUGGGAUGGUUCUAGACUUCGAGAAAGGAGCUGCUAAAUAUAAUAAAGGUGAUGAAGCAAGUGUUGGGGAAAACCUUCGAUGUGGUUCCAGUUUUGCAAAUGCCGUGAGAUUCCUUAAACAGAUGCAAUAUUUUCAACGGGUCGAGAGAGACAUGGAGGCUGGAGUGCUUCACACGAAGGCCUUUAAAUCAAUGGCGAAGUUGAUGCUGCUUCAGAUCAAUAAUUUGAGACUGGAAGGGAAGUUUAAAUCUUUCCCUGCAGAAUUGAGGUGGCUACAAUGGCAAGGAUGUCCUUUAAAAUGCUUGCCUUCUGAUUUUUGGCCCCGAGAAUUGGCUGUCCUUGAUCUCAGACACAGCUAUAUUGAAAAUUUGUGGGAUCGGAAAGGCUCCAAGGCACCAGAGAAUAUAAUGGUCAUGAACCUUUCCGACUGCUACCACCUGGAGGCUCUCCCUGAUCUUUCUGGCUGCCGAGGUUUAGAGAAGAUUGUUCUAGUGAACUGUAUUAAACUACGUAGGAUUAACGAAUCAAUUGGCAAUCUGAUCACACUUCGUCAUUUGAAUCUGACACUUUGCAAAGAACUUACUAGGUUACCCGAUGAUAUAUCUGCGUUGGAAAAUCUAGAGAGCCUCUGUCUCUCUGGCUGCUUGAAGUUGAAAUCGUUACCAAUAAACAUGGCCAACUUGAAAUCACUAAGAAAACUCCUUGCUGAUGGCACGGGUAUAGAGGAGCUCCCCCAAACUAUUCUUCGUCUUGAUAAACUUGAAAUUUUUAUCUUAAAUGGUUGCCAAAACUUAAAAAGACUACCUGACAACAUCGGACUUUUGUGUUCUCUGCAAGAAUUGUCUCUCAUCAAAUCUGGAUUAGAAGAACUACCCAAUUCUGUCGGGCAUUUGAAAAAUCUUGAGAAGCUUGGUUUGAUGCAUUGCAAAUCUCUCACUGAGAUUCCUGAUUCUAUUGGAGAUCUCGUGUCCCUUCCAAAGCUUCAGCUUUAUGGUAGUGCUAUUAAAGAGCUUCCUUCUUCGAUUGGAUCAUUGUCUCAUCUGAAAGAACUCUCAGUAGGAGAUUGUAAGUAUCUGAAUAAAUUGCCUGAGUCCAUUAAGUCUCUGGUUUUGAUUGUUGAGCUUCAGUUAGAUGGGGCGCCGAUCACAGAUUUGCCAGAUGAGAUUGGAAAUAUGACAUUGCUUAAAAAGCUUAAAAUGAGGAAUUCCCAGAUGAGAUAUCUACCCAAAUCGAUUGGCAACCUCACAGCUCUUACAACCUGGGACCUCUUCAACGGCAACAUUGUAGAACUGCCAGAGUCCGUUGGAAGGCUUGAGAACCUAGAGUAUUUAAGGUUGGACCAAUGCACAAUGCUUAGAAAUCUUCCGCAUUCUAUAGGACAUUUGAAGUCCUUGUAUGAUCUUCGGAUGCCGGAAACAGGUCUUACAGAAUUACCUGAAAGUUUUGGUAUGCUUACCAGCUUACAAACGUUGAAAAUGGCCAAUAAGUCUGAAAAUAACUUGCUUCAAGAUUCUUCUGUAAUCUCAUCUUUUUUCUGCAAUAUGAUGUUCCUGAAUUAUCUGGACGCUCGUUGUUGGAGAAUAUCCGGAAAAAUUCCUGAUGAUUUUGAGAACUUGUCAUCUUUGGAGACCUUAAAUCUAAGCCAAAACAAAUUUCACAGCCUUCCUUCCAGUUUGGCAGGCCUUUCGAUUCUCAAGAAGCUCUCUCUUCAAAACUGCAUCGAGCUGGUUUCUCUCCCCGCUCUUCCCUCAAGCUUGAUAGAGCUGAAUGCUGCAAACUGUUGUACCUUACAAAGCAUUCAUGACCUUUCAAAUUUAACAAAUUUGCAGGAUCUAAACUUCACCAAUUGUGAAAAGUUGGUAGACAUUCCUGGCCUUGAACGGUUAGGGUCUUUGAGGAAAUUGUUCUUUGGUGGAUGCGUUACAUGCUCCUACACUAUCCGCAAGAGACUUUCCAAGGUUGCGCUGAGGAAUUUAAGGAACUUGAGCAUGCCGGCUACAAGAUUACCCCCGUGGUUUUCAGGACAAACUCUAAGCUUUUCGAAGCCCAAGAACCGUGAAAUAACUGGUGUAAUUAUAGGUAUCAUUCUUUCAAUCAAUCAUGAUAUACCUAGUGAACGACAUCGUGUUCCUGGAGUAGUUGAUAUCAAAGCAAAUAUCCUCAAACGUGGAAUGAAUGUAUAUAGUUCAGUAUUGGACUUGCGUGGAUUGCCGAGAACAAAUGAAGAACACAUACACCUUUGCAGGUACCCUGAUUAUUCUCGACUCAUGUCUAUAUUGCGACACGGUGACACAAUUUGUGUGACACUGAGAGACCCACCUAUGGAUAAGGGGUUAGAGCUGAAAAAAUGUGGGAUUCAUUUGAUCUUUGAAGGGGAUGAUGACUAUGGUGGAGAUGAAGAAUCUGUCGAGCGAAGUUUGCAAUCUGUGUCAGAAAAAUUGGCCAAAUUUUUCAACACUCGCGAAGAAGAUAGUUCCAAAGAUGAUGGAAUUAAGAGUGAAGAUGAUGACAAUGAGUGCCAAAAUGAAUUAGACACUCAAAGGGGAAGAUAGGAUAUCAUCAUCUAAUUCCACUAAAUCCAAUUUUCUCUCUUCUGUUUGCUGGUUUUCUUGCUGAGCUGGUUGGUAGUAAAUUUGUCUUCGUAUGUGAUUUAUAGGAGAUUGCUGGCUUUCAGAAUCUGAAAACCAUUUCAUAUAGGAUAUAAAAUGGCACUAUCAGAUUAUCCCAAAA